GAAUGAUGUGGCGUGACAAUCAAGGAACUGACUUAUGACUUUAUUUUCGUUGAGAGUUUGGAGAAAAACCCUGGUGGUUGCAAGGAACACUGAAACAAGCAGAGGCUUUGGUGUGUUUACAGCCAUGCUGCGUAAAGAGGACGUUGCUUCCAUGAGAAGAAACUAUGAAAUGCCCGAUGGCUUCGAUGAAUCUCAUCUUGUGGCAAAGGAACCUUUUAUGCAGUUCGAUGCGUGGUUCAGAGAAGCUUCCAAAAGUCCUAAUAUCGGAGAGGCAAAUGCCAUGAUUCUAUCCACAUGCGGAAGGGACUGUCGUCCUACAGCAAGAGUGGUGUUGUUAAAAGGCUAUGAUAACACAGGAUUCACUUUCUUCACUAAUUAUAACAGCUCAAAAGCAGGACAAUUGAAAGAAAACCCUUAUGCUUCAUUAUUAUUUUACUGGGACCCUUUGCACCGACAGGUGAGAGUAGAAGGGAGAGUGGAAAAACUGUCGCAAAAAGAGAGUGAGGAGUAUUUUCACUCUCGUCCUCGCUCAAGUCAGAUAGGAGCCAUUGUCAGUAAUCAGAGCUCAGUUAUUGCAAGUAGAAAGGUUUUGGAAGUAAAGGAGAAGGAACUUAAAGAGCAAUAUGCUGAUGAACAAAAAGUGAUUCCAAAACCAGAUAAUUGGGGUGGUUUUAAAGUAAUUCCAGAUAAAGUUGAAUUCUGGCAAGGGCAAUCCAGUAGACUCCAUGACAGGAUUGUUUUCCGUAAACAAGAAGCAGAUGAAGUUCUUGCUGAAAAUGUAACAAAGAAAGGAGACAAUGGAUGGGUCUAUGAGAGACUUUCACCUUAAGGGCCACGGCAAGAUAAAAUUAAUAUUGUAACAGUUAUAGAUAUUAUAAGACUUACACGUACAAUGUUAUAGUUGAAAAAACUAAAAUUUGCUAUGUUUUAAUUGACUCUGUAAGCUUUUUGUGGAAUGUAUAUUUUUUUCUUUGUAUUAAAAUGUGCAAUAUAACUAAGGUACCUUAGCCCCUUCCUAAUAAAUGUAAGGAGAAUCUAUCUAACAGUUGUAGGAAUUGCUACUAUUGGAGUGAUAUCACUAUAUCUCUACAGAAGAAGCCAUCUAGAUAGUUUUAAAAGAACACUUUUCAUGGAUUACUCUUCUCAGUAUUAAUGUGGUCGUAUGAGCAUGUAUUAUUUAUAUAUUUUUUGUUAGUGUUCUUUCUCUUUCCCUCUCUUAUAUGUGUAUAGCUUUUAUGUUACUGUAGGAAAACAAUUUAAUUUAUUGUGAAGGGCAUCUUUUUAUCUUUUAUUAAAUUAUUGUGCCCUUCUCCAUUUACUUUAUCUAGUUUGUAAUUAUUCAAAAUGUUGUAAUUGUUGGAACAGAGGAAAUUAAAACUACAGCACAAUACAACCAA